GAUCGUCUUCCAGGUCAGAGUUGGUCACCAUGGCGGUGCUAGCAUCGAAUCCUAACAAUCCGGUGGUGUUUUUCGAUAUCACAAUAGGAGGCCAGGAGGUCGGCCGCAUGAAGGUGGAGCUCUUCGCCGACGUGGUGCCGAAGACGGCGGAGAAUUUCAGGCAGUUUUGUACUGGUGAAUUCAGGAAGGAUGGCGUUCCCAUCGGUUACAAAGGCAGCACUUUCCACAGGGUUAUAAAAGAUUUCAUGAUCCAAGGAGGCGACUUCGUAAACGGAGAUGGGACUGGAGUGGCCAGUAUAUACCGGGGUCCCUUUGCUGAUGAGAACUUCAAGCUAAAACACUCGGCGCCUGGCCUGUUGUCUAUGGCGAACAGUGGCCCAAGCACCAACGGCUGCCAGUUCUUCAUCACGUGCUCCAAGUGCGACUGGCUGGACGGGAAGCACGUCGUCUUCGGUAAAAUAAUCGACGGGCUGCUCGUCAUGAGAAAAAUUGAAAAUGUGCCCACUGGUCCAAACAACAAACCCAAGCUGCCUGUGGUGAUUGCUCAGUGUGGUGAGAUGUAGGCAGUGGACUGUCAGGAGGGUUUCCCCUUUCAACUCUGACCGCCAGAAUCUCUCAGUCGCUCCUUCCCCGCCUCCGUUCGUGCCUCAUCCACCCUGCAUUCCACACUUCUGUUGUUUUUUUGCCAUUGUAAAUAAAAAGGGUUUUUAUUUA